CUGAGAACGGGUCGGGGAGGAGGAGACCGAUAUCCAGGGGAUCUCCAAGCUCACGGGUGGAGCAGAGUCGGGCAGGGGUCGGAGUCGAGUGGAGUGGGCAACGCGACUUACACAGACGUCUGACUGAGGGGGGAACUGCAAGCGCUCGGGAAUGGUGAUGAAAAGUAUCAAAUGUGUGGUGGUGGGUGAUGGGGCCGUUGGGAAGACCUCUGUCCUUAUCACCUAUACCACCCACACCUUCCCAGAGGAGUACAUUCCCACCGUCUUUGAUAACUAUUCCACCACGGUGACGGUCGAUGAUGUGGUGGUCACUCUCGGGCUGUGGGACACGGCGGGACAGGAGGACUAUGACCGGCUGCGGCCUCUCUCUUACCCCCAGACUGAUGUGUUUGUCAUCUGUUUCUCCCUGGUCAACCCUGUCUCAUUCAUGAAUGUCCAGCUGAAGUGGUCCUCCGAGGUCAAGCAUCACUGCCCCAACUGUCCCAUCAUCCUGGUGGGCACCAAGAAGGACCUGAGGGACAACAAGGACACCAUUGAGAAGCUGAAGGAGAAGGACAUGGCUCCGGUCAGCUACAAGGAGGGCGAGCAGAAAGCCAAGGAGAUCGGCGCUUUUAAAUACGUUGAAAGUUCCGCUCGCAAGGACAUCGGUCUGAAGGACAUCUUCGAUGCAGCAAUCCGAGCUGUGAUCCAGCAACCAGCUAAGAAAGGCCGGAGUCGUUGCUUCAUUCUGUAGCCAGAUUUUCAGGACAUUACUGGCGGGUCCUGAUAAAGAAAGUGGAAUGGAUCAAGACCGAAUGGCCAUCAAUAUCUCACGUGGAAUUCCUCUGGGAAAGAACAUGCGUCUGCUCACCUUGGUGAAGGAGCUACCUGAUUCGUCCCGUUCACAUGCCUUUACUUAUCCAAUUUAUUUUUCGAGUCCAUAAUGAAUCUAAAGAUAGACACAAAAUGCUGGAGUAACUCAGCGGGACAGGCAGCAUCUGUGGAGA